AUGGACAGGGACCAAUUGCUGCGUGAGACCAAGGGUAGUAAGAUAAAAGACGGUCCCAUUCGCUGUAUACUGCUCAGUGAGUUUCAUGUUGUGGCGGGCUCCAAAAUCAGCUGUCAAGUGCCGGAGAAUUUCAUAACCAAGGAAGUGUUUGACUCCAUCCGUACAUACAUCAUUCCUAAGCCGCAGCUGCAACGGUGCAUUUUAACAAUUAAUACAUUGGGACAUAAAGUAAUCGGUUAUCCAGUGCGGAUCAAUCACGUGCGCUAUCAACGGAACUUUUUUUAUUUCAAUUUAUGUUUUGUGUUUGACUCGUGGUCGCGAACCGUUCAAUAUGAGGCUGUGGUUAAAAAGCUCUCCGAAUAUUUGCUGAUGAUGGAGGAGGAAGGAUCUUUCCUAUCAAACGCGGAAAACAAUAGCAACAUUAGCAACUUGCUCGCGUGCAUACUGCGCGAUCUUAACCAGCGCCAUGUAGCGACGAUCGUAGAGGGCGAUACCACAAUCUAUCUGAAGAUAGGUCGCCUCAAAUCGGACCCACCGGUUGUGCAAGACCACCAGGUUCCGCUUCUGUGUCGAGGAUUUGAGGACACAGACCUUGACUCAUGGGAUCUAACAACGCAGCAAGUGUUGCCUUUCAUCAACGGUAUCAACCACGUUGCACGCAUCGCCGCCGAAGCGGACGUCGAGAAUCAGCUGGUAAAGUCGUGCAUCCAAAAUCUGGUGUACUACGGCGUAAUGCAGCUGUUACCCUUACUCAAGUACAGCAACGUGUACAUGUGCACACGUGAACUGCAGAAACUCACGCGUGAUCGAUCCUUGGCCGACGAGUGUCGCAAGUACGUGCAGCUGCAACAUGCCGAAAAGGUUGACACGGUACGCCUGCCCAGUUUGUUCAACAUUCUGCAACUCUACUCGCAGAUGACGCACGGCGUAACACUGCGUUCGCUCUGUCAGAGGCUCUGCCCGCGUGACAACAAUAUCGACGAGCGCAAGCUAGUUUCGUUCGGUUUGCAGCACAAUCUGAUCCGCUGCAUCAACAAGUAUCCCAUAUACACUGGGUCAAUACCAACACCAAAGCACAAACUGUACACCGGUCUAAACAGUUUGGACGAAAUCUGCUGCAAAACGGGAAUGUCACCAAGUCGAAUCGAACAAGAAAUCGAUAUGGAUUCCAACGUGACCGUCAUUUGGAAGUAA